AUGGAUAUUCUAUUGGUAAGUAUGUAUCAGUCUUUUUUCCUUUUUACAUUGCCACAUUAUCCGUGUUAUUUCCUAUGUUGAUCGCAACUCCUUAUGGUUAAUAACAAUUGUUUUCAAUUUUUAGAAAAGUACGUUUUAGAAGUAAUCGUGGUCCAACAUUCAUCCAUUUAUACGAAAUUUUUCUUAAGAAAAAUUGUAACUUAUUUUGCUCGAACGAGCAAAGCACAUUAUUCGUCUUAUGGAUUAUAAGGACUGUACGCAGUGAAAGUUCAUUUCGAAGGAAAAUAUACAGGCUGGCUCGAAUUCAAAUGUCAAAAUGUUGGGGAGUGCGCAGAAAAAUUAAUAAACUGAGAACAAAAGUUCUUUAGAAAUUUCCUCCAUUUGAGAGAAAAUCGCGAAGGAAGAAAGGAACAGGUUUUUUAUUUUCUCACCUAUCAACUCAAAGGAGAAACUGAGAGACCAAACCAUAGUUUGAUAUAUCGAACAUUGUAAGAACAAUGUCCAGGUGCAAUUAGAAUUAUCAUAAGAUGAUAAUUCUCAUUAUCAUAAGAUGAUAAAAUAAAUAAUAACACGAGUAAGUAUAAAUAAGCGAGAUGACGAAAACUGUUUCUUUCUUUCGCGAUUCUCUUUAAAAUAGGGCAAUCUCCAAAGGAUUUUUCUUCCUAGUUUAUCAGUCCUUUACAUGCUUUCAAAAUUUUGAUAUUUAAAUUUGGGAGACAACCUGUAUAAAAGUGAUAUAUACUACAAAUAAAUACUACUAUAAAUAAUAUUAUCCAAUUUAAUUGAAGGAACGUACGAAUUUAAUUGAAUACUCGAUGCAGUAGUCCUACAUUUAUUAAAGGAUAAUUAUAACAUUGCUGUAGUGUACGGCUGGUCGAGGGGAGGGGAAACAGAUAAAGGGAGAGGCAGAUAGAAAUGACUGGUUCACGCUCACUGAUGUACCAUUGAAUUUCUGUGUCAGUGAUGCUGGAACAUCGAUAAUUUUCUCGGGACUCGUUCGGGAGGAACGAGUUGCUGGACACGGCAUUUCAAUGAGAAACGAAGAGCUUAACCUACAAAAACCUAAAAAGCCUCAUUUGCCGAACCAAGUUUAUUUCCUUUGGUCGAAAUAUUGCAAUUAAUAAAGGAAGCCGAAAGGAAGGAAAAAAAAAAGAAGAAUCAUUACUUCUGAUGGAUUAACGACAGAAUUAGUUCGCCUUGUUGAAGGUCGUUCAUUAGUCCCGUUACAUUACUAUAACCUUACGCAGUAUGAUGCGUUCAAAGUAGUGUUUUACAUACUCUAAAAUAAUAUCUCGAUCGUGAAGUUGAUCCGUGUCUUGAUACAGUGCUAAUAAAAUUCAAAUAUCAAAUUUCACGAAAUACAUUGGAAUAUUGAUGCGAGUCGCAAAUAAAUACUGAAAAUAACAAGUAUUGGUAUAUUGAAUAUUGAAAUGAUCAUUUUCAAAGAUUUUGUGAAUGAAAUUUCAUAACAUACACAAAUAGAGAAACUAUUAAGAAUGACAAAUAUUCAUUGAAAUGAUCAUAUUCGAAGAUGAUGCAUUUUCACAGAUUUUACGAAUGAAAUUUUACAAAAAUUUGCAUUCUUUAUUGUGUCUUUUCUUGAGCUUGAAUGUAUCAUAUGUUCGAUGCAAGUUCUGCAGAGAACUAAUUUCAACACUCCAAUAGAUAAAGGGUGGAAUUGAAGAAUGUGUUGAGAAUUUCGUCGUCACGUAUGUAUGGUUCAAUUUUUUUUUCUUUUUUUGGCAAAUUGAACCGGGUCGUUCACGGUGAUUAGCAAGAUGCUCCUAAUAAGAAGACUCCAGCAUCCCGCUACUGAAACAGUUAUGAUGAAUCGCGACCGUCUAGUUCGGAGUGCACGCAACGUGAAAUGGACCUUCAAGAAGAAAAGGAAAGCCUCUGCGGAUGAGCGAAUGGCUCGGUACAACCGAUCGACCGAUGCGUUUUCAUCCAAUUCACUUGAUCGAUAUCGAAACUCUUUACAUUCGUCUUUUUUGACGAUACAAUAUGAGAAUGUAGUCAGAGUCACGUCUUGAUAAACUAAAGAAGAAAUCCAGGAAAACAAGAAAUCUCGCAACGAUUCCGCAAGUGGGCGGAAAAGUCCCCAAUAAGAACAAAACCACGACCACAGACUUUUACGAUUUGUAUUUUCAAGUGUGAGGGCACAUUAGGUAUCCACGUAAUGAUUCCGCGCGAAUCUCUAUUUUGAUAAAAAUACUUAUACUGAAGAAACGUGGAAUCUAGCAAGGAAUUCAUAUUAUCUACUAUCUGAAUAUUGUAACGAUGACAUUCCAUUAACUGAAUUCACAAUUCAGUUAAGAGUUACGUUUUCAGAAUGAUUCUAGCGUAAGUUGGAAAGUUAGUUGAUUAAGUUGCAAGAGAGUUCUAGUUUGAGAUUCCUCGGGAACAAUUCAGUCAGGCAGUCAGUUUUCAACGAGGGAAAAUAAACGGUGGAGAAGUUGACGGCUCGGGGACUGUGUUCUGCGCGAGAGGAUUCGAGAAAAGGCCGGUGGAAUGUCGAAACUGUAAAAUCUGGACGAGGAGUAUUCGAAAAGUAGACCUUCGGGAUCGACAGCGAGCAGACAGCGGCAGCUGUGAUUGGCCCGUUCCAUUGAAAAUAAUGCCAAAGGUGCGUGGUCAUUGGCCGUUCAGCUUACCCCCCCUACGUGAAUCCGCAAGCUAUAUAGAACACCUCGCAUGGAAUUUCAUCUUCAGAACUGAGAGUCAGUGUCAAGGAAGUCCACCUGGAACUAACGAAAAUGAAAUACAAUCAGUACGUGUCGCUAUGCUUGGUGGCGCUUGUUCUUGGACAAGCAGCGUCAUUGCCACAACAUUCUCAGUAUCCGCAGCAGUUCCAGCAGCAGGUCAGGGACGAGAGGAAAUUUGCGGAGAAACCAAACGCCAUGAAGAAGGUCGCCCUCGAUGAUCUGGACGACAUCAGCACCAAUCAGAUUCAAGAAGGUAGCAGUACCGGGUUCUCGUGGUCAAACAUGCUGAGUAUGCUGAUGCAGAUGCUGUUAGGGCAAACAGGCGGUGCAACUGGCCCAAGCAAGAACGAGAUCGACGACGGUGCACCAGCCAGCCCUUGGGCAAACUUGCUAUCAGUCGGGUUGAGAGUGCUCACCGCUCUUCUAGGUGGGCCCCAGCAAUCGGUCGACGGUAUCGACAAAGUUGACAACCAGAGUAGCCCCAUGCAGUUCAUUAGCAUAGUGAUCAAUCUGCUGGACGCGUUGAAGACCUCGUUCUCUCAUCGUUCCAUGGCGGCCAGGUCGAUGGGAAGACGGGACACCGUCUCGGAAGCUGCUGUCGCUUCCAUUUCAAUGCUCAAGGGCUACAUGAGGUCGGUGAAGUCGUUUAACAACGUUGGUCGCGCGGAGGACGAAGGUCAACGAGGUUGCGCCGAAAGAGCCCUCUGCGAAGCCAGUGCAGAGUGUGUUGCCGAUGCUCAAGGGACAUCUUCCAUCUUCUGUCAACUUGGAUCGUACGCGACGAGUUACCUGCUCCAGAGGCAGAGUGGGGUAGGCUUCGAGGCGUUGUACGAAGCAGGUCGACGUGGACGCACCGGCGAAGACUGCAGGACCUUGUUCAUGGAUUGCAACGCCGUAUGAAAACGCUCGUCACGAUUCGUUCAAGUACGAUUUAGACCCUCUGGGACUCGACCAACGCCGGACUCGGUUAUCUGAAACUUAAACUCUAUAUAAAUUACAUAUGCCAACGAGAAGUUGAGGGUUUCGAGCAACGACUCUUCGUCGGUACUGUCGGAAAGUCUCUGUUC